AUGAGUCACUACUGUCGAAAUUGCGAGGCACUUAAAAGACAAAUAGAGAUAAAGGAUGAAGUCAUUAGGUCAAAGGAUGAAAGAAUUAUACGAUUGCAAGAGUCGUUAAUCCAAAUUCAACAAGAUUUGAUCAAGGUUUUGAAGGUGGUGAAUGGAAAUGAUGAUAGUCAAAAAGAGUUCUCGAUAUCUGAAGUUCCCAUUAACGCUACUUCAAUCAUUCCCAUAAACACCAAUGAAACCGUGACUUCGCAAUCUUUGUUCGAUGUAGACGAGAGCGACAAUGAGCCAGAAUGGCAUCUAUCGAAUUUAAAUCUAUCGAAUUUAAAGAAAGAAAGAGAAUUCCGGGUAUACGUGGGUCACAUUAAUGAUGCCUCCAAGAAAAGAAUAAAGAAAGUGCUAGAAGAAAAUUUCGGGCGUGUGCUCGAAGUUGAAAUGAUAAUAAACAGGAAUUGUGCGUUUGCUACUUUCGCAACACGUGAAUCAUACAACUCGGCCGUCAAUCAAGGUUUCAUAAAUGUAGACGGUAACGAUUGUUGCAUAGAACAACCAAGACCCAGAAAUAAUGAAGAACAGCCAAGAGCCAGAAAUAAUGAAGAUGAUAAUAAAGGAAGAAUGAUCGAUGUAGUCGAGAGUGACAGUGAGCUAGAAUGGUAUCAACCGAAUUUAAAGAAAGAAAGAGAAUUUCGGGUAUACGUUGGUCACAUUAAUGACGCCUCUAAGAAAAGAAUAAAGAAAGAGCUAGAAGAUAAUUUCGGGCGUGUGCUCGAAGUUGAAAUGAUAAUAAACAGGAAUUGUGCGUUUGCUACUUUCGCAACACGUGAAUCAUAUAACUCGGCCGUCAAUCAAGGUUUCAUAAAUGUAGACGGUAAUGAUUGUUGCAUAGAACAACCAAGACCCAGAAAUAAUGAAGAGCAAUCAAAACCCAGAAAUAAUGAAUAUGAUAAUAAAGGAAGAAGGCGUCGUAAGCAAAUAUGA